AACAAAUUGAAAUUGAAAAUCAAUGAGCUUAAGUGUCUAAAAUCAGAGGCUAUAUCGAAACCCGUAGUUGGUAAAAAUGAUGAAAAAAAUAUUAUUAAGUCUGAUAAUAUAUCUUUGGGUAGUACUAAUCUCAGUAAAUAUUUUGUACACAGAAAAAAUAUGGAUCCAAUAAAAAAAAUCAAUAGUGAGAUUACUGAACUACCAAAAAUGAAACUAGUAUUAGUGAUAUUAAUUUCAAUGGAAGGAAUAGAAGUGAUGAGACCUAGUCUCAAGGUUUUGCCUCUCCUUAUUGUAGCAAGUACUUUAAUGACACCUUUAUCA